UUUGUCAAUUUGUCAAAAUAAUUUCACAUAACCAAAAAAAUAAAUCAAGUGCACUGGUAAUUUAUUAUUUUAAAGUAUAAUUAUAAUAGGGCUAAGUUUUUACAAUGCUUAAGGUUUUUCGGAAACCUUUUAUAAAUAACAUACAAUUCGAUCAAAUACGAUUAGGUCACAGGCUCAGGGGUAAGGCACCAAUAUUUUGUAGAACAAUAAAAGAACGUUUAGAUGAACUUAAUUACAAAGAUGAAUUAUACACGACGCGAAUAGAUAUAGGAUUUCCUCAUGCAAAAAACCCCGAAAGUACACAAAUAUCUCGCUUAGAACAUUUAAGAAAAUUGAAAGGCGAUAAAGAGCUUGAACAUUUAGCACGUAAUCACAAAUUGGAAAUUAACCUAGAGGAAGCAAGGAAGGAAUGGUUGCAAACUCUUGGACCAAACCAUAAAAAACAAAUAGCUGAGCAUUAUGGAAUUUAUGAACAUCUUUAUGGGGAAGGUUAUUUUGUACCUCACAUUAACUUAGAUAUACACUAUGAUCUGAAAAAUGGUCUAAAUCUUCCAGUUUAUACAGGUAAUGUUAUAAAGCCAGCAGAAGCAGUAGAACAACCAUCUGUUACAUUUGAAUCAGAGGAUAAUGCGUUAUGGACUCUUGUAUUGACAAGUUUAGAUGGACAUUUAACAGAGAAUGACAAAGAGAAUGUCCAUUGGUUGGUGGCAAAUAUUCCCAGUAACAAUAUAGAAAGAGGUGAUACAAUUGUGGAGUACCUUCGUCCAUUUCCACUGAAAGGAACAGGUUAUCACAGAUAUGUGUUUGUUUUGUACAAACAAAAUGAAAAAAUCUCAUAUAAUCUUAAAAAUGUUACAUCAUCAUCCCAACUUGAAGACAGGACAUUUGUGACAAGGGACUGGUAUCAAAAGUACCAAGACAGCAUAACACCAUCUGGUUUAGCUUUCUACCAGACUGAUUGGGAUCACACUGUUAAAGAAUUCUUUCACAAUAUUCUGAAUAGAAAGGAGCCAGUUUAUGAGUAUGAUUUUCCAUCACCUUACAUACGGCCACAAGAAUGGUUCCCUCUGCGAAAGCCUUUCAACCUAUACAUGGAUAAAUAUAGAGAUCCUAAACAGAUAAAGAAGGAAUAUCUGCUCCGGAAACUUAAAAAUGAAGAUCCAUUUAAGGCUCCACCGUCUCCAUUGAGGUUCCCCAAUGCACAUUCAUUACCUCACAGUAUGCCUUCCUGGCUAAAACUACAUGAGAAGAAAAUAAGGAUGGGUUGGGGUAGAAUAAAUGAUGUUUAAUUUAUUAAUUUUAAUAAAAAGUAGGUUUAAAAUCAA